AGAGGGGCUGAUUAUAUUUUGAAACAUGCUCCUGAGGUGCACAAGGAACUUCAAGGAAUGUCUGUGAAAGAAGCUGUUCUAAAUUUCAUUAGAGAGUCCUGUGUUCUGGAAGAUGUACCUGUUCAUUAUUACAGACUACUAAAGGACAAGAAAGAAGACAGACCCUCUAUUAUCCUUGGCGUAACUCUUCGUGGUAUUCAUAUUUACCAGGAAAUUGAUCAUAUUCGUCAACUUCUCUAUGAUUUCCCAUGGUCAAAUGUGGGGAAGCUUACAUUUCUUGGUAAGAAAUUUGAGAUUCAACCCGAUGGAUUGCCAUCAGCA